AUGGUGACCAAAUGGGUCAGGGAGAUCAAUCUACUGUCAAACAUAGCAGUAACGCAACCUCAAGCUGCAUACAUGUGCUUUGUAGAUGGCUACAAGAACAAAUUUACAUACUUUCUAAGAACGAUCUUUGGCAUAGAAGAGUUCUUGACACCUCUCGAUGAAGUUAUUCGACACAAGUUUAUCCCUGCGGUAACUGGUGGUCACAUCGUUAACGAUAACGAAAGGAAACUUUUAGCACUCCCUCCGAGGCUUGGUGGAUUGGGAAUUGAUGUGUUUUGUAAAAAUGCAACGAUCGAGUAUGAGAACUCGAGAAACAUGACAGCCUCGCUGAUAAGUCAAAUUCUCAUGGUGAACAAUGAAGAAGGUGACAAGUCCAAACAACAAAUUCAAUCAGAACGACGCAGACGCUAUCAACAAGAUCUUGAAGCACUGCGAGCUGAGAUGACAGACGAGGAGAAACGAAUCAAUGAAUCUAAUAUGCGAACGGGAGUCUCAAAUUGGUUGACAACGCUUCCACUUACAGAGUGGGGGUACGAUUUGAUAAAAGAACAGUUCUGGGAUGCAAUCAAGAUUCGAUACAACUGGCAACUGGAACGAUUGCCCUCCAACUGCAUAUGUGGUGUUCGGUUUGAUUUAAGCCAUGCAUUAUCAUGUAAAAAGGGUGGACUAGUCACACUUCGACACAACGAGAUUCGCAACAUAACUGCAGACCUUCUCAAGGAAGUAUGUAAAGAUGUAAGAGUAGAGCCGAGUCUUCUUGAAAUCAAUGGCGAAAGGUUCCAACAACGCAUGGCAAACGACGGAAAUGAAUCAAGACUGGAUGUGAGUGCACUACGCUCAGAGGUACAGAGAUAUGGAAAUAAGCAGAACCUUCCAGAAAAACGAAACGGAAAAGAAGAAGCAGUAUAAUGAGCGCGUACUUCAAGUGGAGAAUGGUUCCUUUACACCUCUUGUAUUCGCGACAAAUGGUGCGAUGGGCGAUGAGUGCAAAGCCUUCUUUAAACGUUUAGUCGAUAUGAUUGCUGAAAAACGAUCCAUUCCAGUAUCUUUAGCAACGAAUGUCAUACGAACAAAGAUAUUUUUUUCGUUGCUACGGUCGAUAAUUCGAUGUGUUCGGGGUUCUAGAUCGACGCUAUAUAGGGAUAUUAAUCUCAAUGACUUUGCGAGUUGUGGGUCUAUAUCCGCGUGAGUUUAAAAGCAGAAUGCAUUGUUUGUUCAAACCAGAGUAAAGUAAUUUUCUUAGCAACAAAACAUCUUAUUUUCCAGAAACCUGAACUACCUGUCUUUCCAAUGCAUCCUCUGAUUUUAAAUCCUAAGACGUAUCUUGCAUUGUGGGCCUAUAUCCAGGGUGAACCAUCAAUCGGAAUUUUGCUAUAUCGUCGCGGUAUUAUUUGUAAACACUGCUUUGUUUUUUCAUUUAUGUCAGGCGUGUGGUAAGGGUCUUACAUAAUAGGGAACUUGCGCAAACUCAAAUUUGACGGAUGACGGUACCCUUAAAGAUUGGGAAUAGCGAAUUGCUUUGGAAAUAACCACCUUGCAUAACUUCCCCGCGCCGUAUCCUUUUCUUGCCGACGUGAAAACCAUACGUAGGCACGUAAGAUACAGUGGUUGUGACCUAUGACUAUUUAUACAAUCAUUUCUUCAGGCACAAGUGCUUAGGGUGAAAAAAAUGUGCGGCAAAUAAAUGGUAAAGCAAAAAUGAAACUGACAAUCAUAAAGAAAGUCAGAGAGAAAACUUUUUAAGCAUAAGCAGGAUGAAAAGAAUUGUUAUAAACAAAGAUAUACUGCAAAAAUUAUACAAAUCUCUACCGUCACCUGGCGAAAGUUCUAGAGACAACACAGGACAAUGUUUUUUUAAAACAAAUUCGACUCCAACAGAUUUUAUAGUACAUGGGAGUGAUGGCAAAAAAGCUGUGGAAGAGUGGGAUAAAUUAUGUGCGAGGUAGCUAGCUAU